UUUCCCUUUCCCGCCCUCUCUCUCUCUCUCUCUCUGUGCGCGCGCGAAUGUGUGUAUAUGUGUGUGUGUGUGUGUGUGUUGCGUACUCAUGUGUAUACAUAGAGUUCGGCAUCGCUCUGCUUUCCUCUUCGUCUUACAUCCACUUUGCAAUCCGCUCGAGGUAAACUCAGUGUUCGCCGAGGUUUCGCCGAGGUUUCGCCGUGAGACCAGUCCCGUGUCAUCUUAGUCAUCGACCGAUCUACCGUAGCUAGAUCUCGUGGAUGACUCAUCGGAGAAUUCUAUCGGAUCUUCGUUUUUCAAAGAAAGAGAAAAGCUUUCGAAUGAAGAGUCAAGGAAUGAGAGAUUGAGCGAUAGAAGAUGCAAACGAGACGAAGAUAGAGGGAAAAAGAGAGAACGAGUAAGAGAGAGAGAGAGAGAGAGAGAGAGAGAGAGAGAGAGAGAACCACAUUCCGAGCGGAUCACGGAUGCUUAUAGAAGCGUUGCGUAACUGCGUCAGACGAAUAACGAAAACGCGACUCCGUUGAGCUCGUUGUCUAAUUUCGACAGUUUGAAGAGAAAACGCGAUCUAGCGCGCAAUUUCCAACGGAUCCUCUCUCUCUUCAGGGCGACACUUUCCAAUGGUCACCAUAGCGCCUCGGAGCUCUAAAGUGUUGCAUGUGGGACGCUGGAUGUGCGAUUUUUCGAGAAUCCUCGGCGAGACUCGACCCCGUUGAUCUAUAAUCGCAGGCGAUCGCGGCGUCACGUGCGUGUGUAUGUCGAGUGCGUAAGUGUCGUAUGUGUGUCAUAUGUAUGUAUGUGGGCGUGUGCGUGUGUGGGUGCGCAAGUAAGUGAGAAGGAGACCGACCGACCGGAGUAUGGCGAUAGUAUGGCGAGGUGACCGAGGGGACGUUGGGGGUCUCCGAGGUGGCGGCGAUUCGACGUGAUAGAGGAUGAGAACAAGAGAGAAUGGAUAAAAAGUGUUCAAGAGAAUGUAUCGAUUCUAAAGCCGCCGCUAUCAAGGCAGCAAUCGUUCUCGCGUGUAAUCUUUCGGCACCGGAAGAGAGCGAGGAACCUUUGGCGUUCGCGAUCGGGAGACGUAGAUUCGCGCUCGCAUGUUUCGUUCCUCGAAGUCGAACUAAAAUUAAACCCGGCCCGGCGAGGCUCACUGAUUCUUUUCUCACGUCCGGCUUCUCUUUUGCGAGUUGCGUCGCGAUGACAGGCAAGCCUUGAGAAAUUCGGGCUUGAGUUCGUGGUCCGUGGGGAUUGACGCGCGGUUGUCGCGCUUGUCGCGCGGCUCUCUCGCGAUCUUCCGCGCUAACAUAAUAAUUUCGCUAAAUUCUUACGUAUGAUUUGACACCCGUCACGUUUCUCGCAACGACAUUGACGAUCGAUACACGUGCCACUGUUACGGCGAAUCUACCCUCGAUUCUACGGUGUUAUUGUAGAUAUCCGGUGAAGACGGACGUGAAAAGGCAGCAACGAGGAGAAUGGAACGAUACCCGAAACAAGGCACGCGCAGACGUUGCUGACGAAAGACCAAGAGUACGAUCGAGACGACAGCGAUCAUAAUCAAGACGAAGACGAAAGAAGGAUAGACGAAGGUCGAGAAGACCGAGGAAUCGAACAACAGUGUCUGCGAUAGCCGCGAGAGAUGCAGCAACAAUCACACUCCGGCCAGCAAUCGUCCGGGGCGCCGAAUGGGGUGGCGGGGGGCACUCAAUUGUCGCAAACAGGUGGUAUAAGUCCGGCGCAACCUGGCGCGACCGGUACCGCCACCGUGGCGUCCAAUCGUACGCAGAUUAGCGGAGGUAGAUUCGACUUUGACGACGGCGGGACCUAUUGCGGGGGCUGGGAGGACGGAAAGGCCCACGGCCACGGCGUAUGCACCGGGCCUAAAGGUCAGGGAGCCUACUCCGGCAGCUGGCAUUUCGGCUUUGAAGUAUCCGGUGUUUACACUUGGCCUAGUGGGUCAGCUUACGAGGGACAAUGGCAGAAUGGCAAGAGACAUGGGUUGGGUAUGGAAACCCGUGGUCGUUGGCUCUAUCGAGGAGAAUGGACUCAGGGAUUCAAGGGUCGCUACGGAGUCCGACAAUCUACCACAUCCACGGCGAGAUACGAAGGCACGUGGUCCAGCGGUCUACAAGACGGUUACGGCUCCGAGACCUAUGCCGACAGCGGUACUUAUCAAGGUCAAUGGCUUCGCGGCAUGCGACACGGAUACGGAGUAAGGGCGAGUGCGCCAUUUGGUUUGGCGAGUCACUACAAACCGCCAAAGCAAAUGAGAGCAUCCUUGACGUCGUUGAGGAGCGCCGACGGUGGACCAUUGAUCGCCCCGACCCCAGAACCCACCGACAAGAGGGAUCGUCGCGUAGACGACAGUCGAGGAGGAUUCGUUCUAAAAGCUAGAAGCGACGACCCACCCGCCCGAAGAAAAAGCCUUACAGAAAAGUCUUUGAAGAAGGGCAUUCUUUCAGGUCUGAAAAUACGGAAGCAAAGGAGUACGGGGGAUUUGGAGAAGCGUGGUACUGGUGGCAGCAUUAGAAGUACCGCCAGCUCUGCAUCGUGGAUGUCGACGGAGAGCUCGCAGAGUCAAGCGUCGGCGUCCGUUCACACCGACAGUAAUGCGUCCUUUGUCAUCGAGGACGAGCAGAUGGACGCAUCGGUAACAGAAACAUACCUGGGUGAAUGGAAGAACGACAAGAGGACCGGCUUCGGCAUAUCCGAAAGAAGCGAUGGCCUGCGAUACGAAGGCGAGUGGUUCAACAAUCGCAAGUACGGUUACGGUGUGACGACAUUUCGCGAUGGCAGUAAAGAGGAGGGAAAGUACAAAAAUAAUGUGCUCAUCACUAGCCAGAAAAAGAAGCACCUUUUCCUAAUCAGGUCCGCGAAAUUUCGCGAGAGGAUAGAGGCGGCGGUAAGCGCCGCUCAGAGAGCGAGUAAGAUUGCCUUGCAAAAAGCCGACAUUGCCAUCUCUAGGACGGCAACGGCUCGAGGGAAGGCGGAACUGGCCGAUAUCGCCGCCGAACAUGCUAGGGAGGAUUCAGAAUUAGCGCAGCAAACGGCGAGGCAGUUUGCGCCUGAUUUCCGGCAACCGGGUUUAGAAAGAUUGCGAAAUAGAGAGAUACCCAAGUACGUACCACCGCCUCAGGACUCUGUACCUGGUAAAAGCAUCCUGCACAAAGCAGCCAGCGUGGACCAGCCUGGCUCCACGCCGAUCAAGACCGUCGAUUCUACGACGACAGCGAUGACGACAACGACGACGAUGACGACGACGACGACAACGACGACGACGAUGACGGCAACAUCAACCGCGGCGAGCACCAUCAGCAACGUAAUGCAGUCAAUACGUAGGGCCAGCAUGAAGCCGCUACCGCAGAAUCAGUUGCCGCCGAUGCAAAAUCAAAUACCGAAUCAAGUACCGUCUGUUCCGCUGGUGAAUCAAUCGUCCAUGAACCAACAUAGCGCACAAACCUCUCUGACCGAUCAGAAUCCGUAUCAACAAUACUCGCAAAAUAUGUCGCAGAAUCCGGCUCCGGCGAGUCAGUACCCAAACAAUAUACCGAACCAGUAUCAACCGAAUCAGUAUAGCCAGCAAAACCAAUUCCUUCAUGGCAAUCCAUACCAGUAUCAUCCGGCUAAUCCAUCGCAGGUUGAUCAAUACUCCGGUUAUCAGCAGCAAUCUAUCGGGCCGCACAACUUUCAAAAUUUGCAGGCUUACCCUAAUCAGCAGACGGCAAUACCUUACCAAUAUGGACCUGGUCAGGUGAAUCAAUACAAUCCGCAACCGGUAUACGCGCAACAAGAAACGCAUUCGUCACAGCAAUAUCAGCCUGAUGGAGAUGCAGCGAGACCAUCAAGUUCCACGAGCUUAAGAAGAAACAGUAGAGUUCUGAGUCCUCAGGAUCGACCUGGCACCAUCGGCCAAACGUUAAACGACAGGCUGGAUCACUAUAAGAGGCCACCUAGUCGUGAUAGUUCCGUAGAUCGUUAUGCCAGAGCGCAUUCCCGGUUGACUGGAUCAAGACAGCCAUCCGUCGAUAAAACUAUAUCGAAUCUACCCUCGGAUAUGCCCGAUAGAUCGACGAGAGCCCCAAGCGUGAUGCGAGCGGGUACACCUCUAAAUGGUUCUGUAGUAGGCAGCGGUGCCGCGACGCCGAUGUACACAGCACCGACUCCCAGUCAAUUUGAGGGGGCUCUUAUAAAAAAUCGUAAUCUUGGACAAGACAUUUUGCCGAGUCCUGGACAGCCUAAACGCACCGAAAGUCUCUACGUGGCUCCGACUCGCGGACCGUCCGGGAGCGGUGGUGGUGGCAUCGUGCCGAAGGAAGCAGGCCGGACUGUCCCCGCCUUCACCGCAACGUCAAAGGGCCGCGCAACCCUCUAAGUAUAAGUAUAAAAU